AUGUCUUCAUCAAACCUCAGUGUGGCACCUGCCACCACCCUCAGCCCUGAGGCGCCAACCCCAUCGUCCGACUCGCGCAUAUCCCGCGACUCGACCAAGGUCGACCUGCAAGCGUUCAAGGACUCUUCCAAGUCACUCAAGCUAGAGAAGACGCUCACCCUCGAGCCCGAGUCCGACAUCCCGCCCCUCACCCUCCCGGAAAAGGUCAACAGCGACCUCGCCCUCCCCCGCACCGACUCUGAUGCCACGGCCGCCACCGACGCCUCAGAGGAGCGGAAACGCGGCCUGUCGGCGGGCAAGCGCUGGGGACUGCUCGCCAUCUUCUCCAUGGCCAUGUUCAUCGACAUCUGGUGCUACAGCGCGUUCUUCAUCUUCACGCGCCCCAUCGCCGAGGACCUGCAUAUCCAAUUCACGCAGGAGUCGUGGGUUAUCACGUCUUACGCUGUGACGUUUGCCUCCUUCCUGCUCUUCUGGGGCCGCGUGUCCGACCUCUACUCUGCCAAGCCCGUGUUCACGGGCGGCUUCAUCGCCCUCGGCGUCCUCAACGCCGUCAUCUCCUUCCUGCCUGAGAAGUUCUCCUUCUUCAUCCUCCGCGCUUUCGCUGGUAUUGCCGGCUCUGCGCUCAUCCCCGCCUCGUACCGCCUCAUCGUCCAUGUGUUUCCGAAGGAGCAGCUCGGCGUCGCCUUCACGCUCUACGGCAUGAGCGGCUCCAUCGCCAACGUGACGGGAACGAUUGUGGCCGGUUUCAUUCAGUUCAUCCCCAGCGGACACGGCACCCAGAUGCAGAGUUGGCGUUGGUUCUUCCGUCUUUUGGCGGUUAUGAUCCUGCCCAUGGCGCUUGCGGCGCUCUUCAUGAUCCCGAAGGACGAGGGCGAGGACGCCGACAUGGCGCCGCGCGAGAAGCUCGUCCGCCUCGACGUCCCCGGCUCGUUCCUCAUGCUCUCCGCCAUUGUCCUUCUCACGCUCGGCCUGACCCUGGGCGCGAGCUACGGGUUCAAGACUGCCAAGUUCCUCGUCCCCUUCCUCCUGUCCUGGACGCUGUUCCCCGCCUUCUUCAUCUGGGAAGCCAAGAUCCCCCAGUGCCGCGCCCUCCUGCCCGCCAAGACGUGGAAGAUCCCCAACUUUGCCGUGUUAAUCGUGUUCGCGCUCCAGGUCUACGCCUGGUGGGGUGUCAACUUCCUCGCCCUCGUCGACACGUUCACCAAGGUCCGUGGCGAGCCCGCCAUCAUCGCCGCGGUCCGCCUGCUGCCCCAGGGUGUGCUUGCCCCCGCUGGCCCAUCGCCUUCGGCAUGGUCCUCGGCGUUGUCGGAUAUGUCCUCAUGA